UUCUGUUCUGUCUUCAAUUGGCGCUCGUGGCUCUAUGGACGAUGCAUUCAAAAUUGCAAAAUCGAGUGACGCUCGCUGCAGCCAUAUUGGCUCUGAUAGACUCGUGCGUCAUUAUGCCAUUGGUGUACGCCGAACACAAACGCUCCAUCAAGCCUUCGAUCGUUCUAAGCGUUUAUCUUGCUCUGUCCACUCUCCUCGAUUUGGCUCAGGGGAGAUCUUUGUUCCUGCAAGACAAUAUUGGCUCUACGGCCCUAGCAGGUCUGUUUGUGGCGACCUUGGCAACGAAACUAACCUUACUACUCCUUGAAGAGCUAUCAAAGCAUACGCUGUUGAUAGCAAAAUUACAGGAUUCGGCCGUUGAAUCAACUAGCGGACCGAUAAACCGCGCUAUCUUCUGGUGGAUCAAUCAGUUGUUUUUCAAAGGAUUUCGAACCCUCCUCGGAGUCGGAGAUCUCGGAAGUAUAGACAAAAAGUUUUCUUCCAAUCUACUCCUGUCAAAAUUGUGCUAUUUUUGGGAUAAGAGCAAUAAGUCCGCAAAGCACUCGCUCCUCACUUCGACUUUGUCGGCUUUCAAAGUUGCUUUUAUAGCCCCAAUUCUACCGCGUUUAUGCCUUGCGGGAUUCAGCUUCGCUCAACCGUUUCUGGUUAACCGCGUUAUCGACUUCGUCGGCCAGACCUCGAAUGAUGAAUCUAGUGGGAUUGCAGGAGGAUUGAUUGGCGCUACGGCUUUGGUAUAUAUGGGCAUUGCUAUCUCGAGGUGUCUUUAUAAUCAUCUGAUUUAUCAGCUGAUUACAAUACUGCGAGGAGGUCUCGCAUCUUUAAUCUUUCAGAAGUCUAUGGAGCUGAGCGCGGCUGCUGCCGAUUACGGAGCCGCAAUCACGCUUAUGAGCACUGAUAUUGAGGGCAUCGCGGACGGCAUCAAGGAGAUGCAUGAGAUUUGGGCUAAUGUAUUUGAACUUGGUGUAGCUGUCUAUCUCUUGCAGCUCUAUAUUGGCUCUGCCUGUUUUAUCGCCGUUAUUCCGGCUGUAGUUUGCAGCAUUGUUACAUCAUACUCCACGGAAGGUAUUGGUCCCGCUCGAGGUAAGUGGAAUAGUGGAGUGGAAAAGCGUGUUUCGACGACCUCGUCAAUGCUUGCUCAAAUCAAGGGACUUAAGAUGAUGGGUCUGACCGACUAUAUGUCUGAACUGAUUCAGAACCUUCGGAUUGCUGAGCUGGAAUGUUCCAAGAAAUUCAGAAUGUUCAUUGUCCGCAUAAUAUUGAUAACCAAUUUUGGGGAUCAAAUGACUCCCGCAGUUGUCGUGCUUGCUGCUGUGUUGUGGACCCAAACGGGUCCAGAAGGGUUCACGGUGUCGAAGGCAUUUACGUCUCUCUCGAUCGUAAACCUGGUAGCACUUCCUGUUUCAAGUCUUGUGGGAUCAUAUCCUACUUUCGUGUCGUCGCUUGCUUGUUUCAACCGCAUCCAGCUAUUCCUCAACUCUGAUCAGCAAAAGGACGAAAGGUGUAAUAUUUUUCUCCCUAGUGAGCUAAAAACCUCCUCAGAGUUUGUAUCUACUGCUGAAGUCUUCUCUCAGCCGGAAUACACUUUUACGAAUGUUGAAACGCAAAAGCUUCCGUCCAAAGGUCUUGCUAACUUGACGAGUAAUGCAAUCAUUAAACUUGAGCAUGCAAGUUUUACGAUAAAAGACAAAACAGAGCCUGUUCUCCACGAUAUCUCAAUAUCCAUUGAGAGGUUUAGCCUUACCAUGAUAGUGGGACCUGUGGGAUCCGGAAAGUCUUCAAUGCUAAAAGCGAUCCUUGGUGAGAUACCCAUUUCAUGCGGAACCGUUCGAGUGCAACAAUCCCGAGGAUCAAUCGCCUAUUGCUACCAAACUGCAUGGCUGCGCAACCUAUCAGUACGUGAUAACAUUGUUGGCCAGAGCGAGUUUGACCAGGACUGGUUCGCAUCAGUUAUAAAUGCCUGCUCCCUACAGCAGGAUAUAGCAUCGUUCUCAAAGGGGGAUAAGACCUUGGUUGGUAGCGGCGGGAUCAGCUUGAGUGGAGGGCAGAAACAACGGGUAGCACUUGCGAGAGCUAUCUAUUCCCGAGAUUCCAUUGUUCUUCUGGACGAUAUAUUUAGUGCUCUUGACCCUGCCACUUCCAGGACGGUAUUCGACCGUGUACUUGGCUCAGACGGCCUCCUACGUCAAAGUGGGACGACAGUAAUCCUUACAACCCAUACAGUUUCCUUCUUACCUUCUUCCGACUAUAUUAUUGUUCUUGACAAGACUGGAAGGAUUAGGCAGAGCGGAAGCCUUUCACAUCUUCAAGCGAGUGACGGCUAUAUCAAAGAGCUAGCAUUACAAGCCCAUCCCAGUCCUACUACAGAGAAUGAACAUCAAGAGCAACCGGAGAUAUCGACUACCGAUUCGGAAAUUUCUUCUACGUCUACUGAAGAUGACGCUUGGAAAAGACAGCUUGGCGAUCUAUCAUUGUACAAAUUCUAUCUCAAGUCUGUGGGUACCUUGUUUGCAGUGGGUUUUGUCUUCCUUGCCAUUGCAUAUAUUUUCAUUAGCAGAAUGCCCCAAAUCUGGCUGCGUAUCUGGACCGAGCGUGGAACCAAAACAGAUCGUGGAAUUUACAGCGGAGCUUAUAUCUCGUUCUGCCUGGCUGCGAUAAUAUUCUCUGGCCUUGUGGUCUGGUGGUUCUUUGUUGUAAUCAUACCAAAGUCGGCGACACACUUACAUUGGCUGCUUCUGGACGCCGUUCUCAAGGCACCCUUGUGGUUUUUCACCACUACAGAUAGCGGUAUCACGCUCAAUCGUUUCAGCCAAGAUAUGACGCUUUUCGAUCAGAAGCUCCCCAUAGCCUUCUUUGAAACAACCCUUGACUCUCUGGACGUGGUCGCCGGGACAGCACUAAUUGCUUCGGGCGCGCAAUAUGUUGGAGCAGUCAUUCCUCUUUGCUUUGUGCCUUUAUACUUUCUGCAGAAGAUCUACUUGCGAACAUCUCGCCAGAUGCGACAUCUUGACCUCGAAGCGAAGUCACCCUUAUACAGACACUUCACCGAGACGCUGAACGGCGUUGUUACAAUUCGAGCAUUUGGCUGGAGACCUUCUUUUCUGAAAGAAAAUCACAGAUUGCUUGACGACUCCCAGAAGCCGUAUUAUCUCCUGUUCUGCAUUCAACGAUGGCUAGCAGUUGUUAUGGAUCUGUUUGUUGCUGGAAUUGCUACAGUAUUGGUUGCCUUUGCGGUCGAAUUCACCCAUACCACAAGUCGUGGAGCAAUAGGGCUAGCUAUGAUCAACAUUAUAGGCUUUAAUACUAGUCUGUCAAGGCUUAUCAACUCCUGGACAAAUUUGGAAACAUCCCUGGGCGCUGCUGCUAGGUUACGUGAUUUUCUUCGAGACACGCCGAAAGAAGAUAAGGAUUAUUCUGGAGACUUGCCGUCUCAACCAAAGGACUGGCCCUCAUUAGGCGGUAUUGAGCUCGAUAAUGUCACUGCUAAGUACCAACUGAGUAGUGAAACGGUUCUCCGCGAUGCUUCGCUGAGCAUUAAGCCUGGUCAAAAAGUGGGUAUCUGUGGACGGACAGGGAGUGGUAAAAGCUCCCUCCUCCUUACUAUUCUUCGGCUUCUCGAAACCCCAACCGGCUCUCUUUACAUAGACGGACUUGAUCUUUCCUCAAUUCCUGUCAACACAACCCGCUCACGCCUCACGACAUUGCCCCAAGAUCCCGUGAAGCUUCCGGGCACAGUCCGCGACAAUCUUGAUCCGUUUAAAUCUAUUAAGUCGGACGAUGACCUGGUCUCCGCCCUCAUCAAAGUAAACAUGUGUGACGUUAUCACCACCAGAGGCGGUCUCGAUGUAGAGUUCGACACCUUGAGUCUCUCGCACGGGCAGCAGCAGCUCUUCUGCCUCGCGCGCGCACUGCUACAUAAGAGCAAGGUUGUGUUGAUGGACGAGGCGACUAGCAGCGUUGAUCAGCAGACAGAUGAGGAGGUACAAAAGGCUCUUAAGUCAGAAUUUGCGAAUUGCACGGUCCUGGCGAUAGCGCAUAGACUCGAGACGAUAGGUAACUCGGAUGUGGUUGUUGUUGUUGACAAAGGCAGAAUUGUGGAAGUAGGGAAUCCGCAGAAGCUUAGAGAGGACCCUGAGUCGUUGUUCAAAGCGCUUUGGGAGAAUAGACAUAGGUGAAUCUAGUGCACACAGAGCCUUGCCAGCCUCUCGAUUCUCGAGUUUAAAUACAGUCAAGCAUCCUUUUACUUUCCAUCUAAGUUAGACGCGGCAGCAAAUUUAUUAUUCACAAGAAACUUUCACACCAACCUCAACUCCUCUAAC